GCUGCUGUGACUUAUUCGAAGCCUCGAUUGGCCACAUUUUGGCACUAUGCCAGGGUGGAGCUGGUUCCUCCAACCCCUGCUGAGAUCCCUGCAGCUAUUAAGAGCCUGAAAAAAGUAGUCGAUAGUGCUAAGACUGGUCGCUUCAAACAGCUCACAGUUAAGGAAGCUCUGCUGAAUGGUUUGGUGGCCACUGAGGUGUGGAUGUGGUUUUACAUUGGCGAGAUCAUAGGCAAACGAGGCAUCAUUGGCUAUGAUGUUUGAAGACCAGUCUUUAACAUCUGAU